AGCUUGAGGCUUCCACUUUCAAUUUGCUUCCUCUCGUCUUGCACUCGUCAGUACACCUCCACCGGAAUCGAUUCGCGCUUGUUUUUCCGUCAACACGGUCUACUCUCUCAUUUUAUCCCAUUUCAAGAUCUCAGUCAACCUCCCCACUGAUCACCGCUGAUUGAGGGCGACAUGGACUCGGACACAGUACCGCUCGGAGGCACCGUCAACAUGUACUCGCUCGACAAAGACAUGGUCUUCUACGACAAAAUGGAUCAGUAUCUCUCCGCGAAGAUCUCCUGUCUCUCCAGCUAUCGCGUCGAGCACGACUUUCAGAAAGAGUUGAAGGAGGUUUCUGCGCAUCUGACCAAGUGGCCAGAUGAUGUCCUCUUCGAACACGCUAACAACAACGAUCCGGACGCGGUCCUCGAGUUAGCAAUCAGGUAUCUCAGCGGAUAUGGAGUGUUCAAGAAGAACUAUGAAGGCGCGCUCUACGUCCUCGACGCGCUCUUCGAUCCUCAGUGCGACCGCUAUGUCGGGAAUAAUGCGUCCCCAACGCACAUCGUACAGGCCCACUCGCUUGCCGCCUACGCGCAUCUUCACAAGUUCCUCGCCUCUCCGGCAGAGCGUACGGACAUCCAACGCGACGAGCGACGUUUCGUCCGCCCGGAGACCAUGCGUCUGGGCGUCGGCGCGUCGCCCCUUGCGUACUUCGCGCUCGCAGCGCACCACGCGAACGAGAGUGUCAAGCUCGGGCUCGUCUCCCCUGCCACGCUCCUCGUCGGCGCGAAGAUCCGUGAGAUUGGCGAGGUGCUUGGCGCGGACGUCGAGCAAACCGUCAAGCACGGGAAGCGCUUCCGUCCUCUGUGGCGCGCCACCGCCCGGCGCCGUGAGGAGAUAUUCGCAGAGGAGCGUAAGCGUCAGCUUAAGGCGGAUAAAAGCCCGAAUGAGUACGUGUGUGCUUUGGAGGGGUGCGGCAUUCGUGGUGAGAAGAAGGCCGCACUGCGCGCGUGCGGUGGACGAUGCCCGAUGGACCUCAAGCCGUCCUACUGUAGCGCCGCCUGUCAGAAGAAGGACUGGCCAAGGCACAAACCCAUCUGCAAGCCCAACUCCGAAGGGAAGACUCCAAAAUUUUCAGACGAAGACAAGCCAAAGGCCCUCACGUUCUUCGAGCUCGGCGACCCAGAAGACGGCGACGUGCCAGAGGAUGAAGAGGAAGAGUCGAUCGAGGAGAUUAGCACGCAAGCAAGGGAGGCCCCUCACGGCCCUGGUCGUAUCAUCGACAUCCCUGCGCCUGGUGCUCCUGGCGGUGCCAUUCAGUGCACGUCGAACACGAUGGACCCUGAGUCCAUGAGGUCCUUCAGGGAUGCAGUUUCCGAGAGGCUGCAGUGAGCGGGACGAUGAUGGUAUGACGCUAAGCCGUGCGUGUCGUAGAUCUGCUUGCCUGUGUACGGUAACGGUACGUCCGGAAGUCCCGAUGUUACGCGCGUGGAAAUUUGGAACCCUUCCGUUGACGGCCGAUCAGAUGCA